GGGCAGGAGGCGGGAGGGUCCGGCGGGCAGGCAGCGACACCCCGCUCCCCGCAGCCACCGGGAUGGCUCAAACCUCCCGGUGCCGAAAUUCCCACCUCUAUUACUACAUCAUCAAAUUUGCUCUCUCCACCUACGCCACCCUCUUCUCGAUCCUUGGCCUCGUGAUCCUGUGCGUCGGGAUUUACGCCGAGGUGGAAAGACAAAAACACAAAACCUUGGAAGGGAUCUUCCUGGCUCCAGCCAUCAUCCUUCUCCUGCUGGGUGUCACCAUGUUUGGUGUCUCCUUCGUGGGCAUGGUGGGGAGCCUCAGGGACAACCGGACGCUGCUGAAGAUGUUCUUCUGGGUCCUUCUGGUGAUCUUCCUCACGGAGCUGCUGCUGCUCUUCAUCGAAAUCAUCUUUGAGAACAAGAUGAAUGCAGUUCUCCACUCCAACAUCCAAGAGGGCAUCAGGCACUACUAUGAUGACCUUGACUUCAAGAACAUCUUGGAUUUUGUCCAAGAAAAGUUUUCCUGCUGUGGUGGUGACGAGUACCGGGACUGGGAGGUGAACCAGUACCACUCCUGCAACAGCAGUGGGGCACUGGCCUGUGGGGUGCCCUACACCUGCUGCAUCAGAAGGGUCCCUGGAGAAGUCAUCAACACCCUGUGUGGGUACAGGACACUGGAGAAAGAGCGCCUGGAGCUGCUGGAGGUGAUCCACGUGCGAGGCUGCAUCCACGCUGUGGGGCUCUGGCUCAAGGACAACUUUGAGACCACUCUGGGCAUUGUUUGCUCCCUGCUGCUUCCACAGGUGAUUGGCCUCGUGAUGGCUUGGCUGUAUUGGCAAAAGCUUGAUGAGAUCUACUCCAAGCUGGACACCGUGGACUUCAGGAUCCUGGAGAUGAGGGAUUUCAGCUUCGGGGCGGUGGAUCUGAGUGGUGCAGGAUGGUGCUGGUGCUUGCCCAGGGAAGGAGGUUACAUCCCUGUCAAUGCUGAGGAGGAGGAGGAGGAAGGGACCAUCUGCCACAGCCAAGUGUGAGAAGGUGAAGAAGGACUGGAAGGCUCAAAGGCUGAUGGUGAAGGUGGAAAUAACAAUUUAUCUUCUCAGGGUCAGGAGGGACUUUGGGGGGAAAGUGAAGUGACACUGGAAGGUUCUAAAAAAAUGCAAUGGACUCUGUGGGCACAGGAGCUCCCCGGGGCUCCUCUUGCUGCCUGAACUGUUUGGACAUCUGCUUCCUGGGGGGGUUUGAAGAGGUUUUUUUCCACAAUAAAUGUGAAUUCUGUUGGGUUUUGUAA